UUCCAUAAUUGAAUUUCGAAUUACUGUGCAUUGUUAUAUAUUUAAAAAAAAAUUUUAGUGGUCAACGUAGAUUUAAUUGUACAAUAUGUUGAAAGAUCUUACUUCAGUCCGUGAUAGUACCGAUCAAUUGGUACAAAAAGUUCAGUGUUAUAAUGUAAAACCACUAAUUUUGCAAGGUUUUAUUGGGCCAUUUUUCACACUACAAUCAAUUUUAUGUGUUUGGUAUUUUUAUUCCGAUGAAAAUUAUUCCGAUAUUUAUAUUAUCACCGGUGGUACACUUUGUUUAUUGCAAGUGCUAACAUUCUUAUCUGGAAUGUGGUCCGUACAUUGUCUUUGUUUUCUUUCCUAUUCAAAGGUAAGAAACGUAGCCGAUGCAGCCUGGGCCAAAGUAGUGCCGACUCCUAAUAAUGGUUCUGCUGAACUUGUACCAUUACGCCAUACAAAAAUUGAUGAUAAAGAAACUAUUUGGUUUUUGUUUCAAAAAACCAAAUAUGUUUAUGAUUAUGAAAAACAAACAUUUCAUCAAAUUAUAUUUCCUACGGAUCUCCCGUAUAAAACAUAUCAAAAAUGGCAUGGCUAUCCCAAUGAUAAUGAGCUACAAACGGCAAUUAAAUUAUAUGGAAAAAAUCUUCUCGACAUGGAUAUACCAGAUUUUUGGACAUUAUUUCGUGAACGAGCAACAGCACCAUUUUUUGUUUUUCAAGUAUUUUGCGUUGGUCUCUGGUGUUUGGAUGAAUUUUGGUAUUAUAGUUUAUUCACUUUAAUGAUGUUGGUUGCAUUCGAAAGCAUUCUGGUCACACAACAAUUGAGAAAUAUGGCUGAAAUUCGUAAGAUGGGCAAUAAACCAUAUGAAAUGUUGGCUUAUCGUAAUCAUAAAUGGCACUCAAUUCUAUCGUCCGAACUUAUACCGGGUGAUAUUAUAUCCAUCGGUCGAUCUCAAGAUGAUAAUCUUGUUCCUUGUGAUUUAAUACUAUUACGUGGUUCAUGUAUUGUUGAUGAAUCAAUGUUGACUGGUGAAUCGGUACCACAGAUGAAAGAACCGAUUGAAAAUCUGACCGAUGUCGGUGAUCGUCAAUUUAAUGUUGAUACCGAUGGAAAACUACAUGUUUUGUAUGGUGGCACCAAAAUUAUUCAGCAUACAUCCCCUGUGAAAAAUGCUGUCAGUUUACGAGCCAGCGAUAAUGGUUGUGUAGCAUAUGUACUGCGUACCGGAUUUCAGACAUCUCAGGGAAAAUUGCUUCGAACAAUUCUUUAUGGUGUUCAACGAGUUACGGCCAAUAAUAUCGAGACAUUUGGUUUCAUCUGUUUUUUGCUUAUUUUCGCUAUUGCUGCCGCAUCAUACGUUUGGAUUCAUGCUUCAGAAGAUCCUAAACGAAAUAAAUAUAAAUUAAUGCUCGAAUGUGCAUUAAUCUUAACAUCAGUCGUACCACCGGAAUUGCCCAUAGAAUUAUCUUUGGCUGUCAAUAGUUCAUUGACUUCAUUAAUUAAGCUGUACAUUUUUUGUACCGAACCAUUUCGAAUUCCAUUUGCCGGAAAAGUUGAUAUUUGCUGUUUUGAUAAAACUGGCACAUUAACCAGUAAUGAUCUUGUAGUCGAAGGCAUAGCCGGUCUUGAUUCACAAAAUGAUCAAAAAAUUCAAGCAGCUCAUGAAGUACCAAUUGAAACCAUUCAAGUAUUAGCCACAUGUCAUUCACUUGUCUGCUUAGACGAUGGACUCGUUGGUGAUCCGUUGGAAAAAUCCACACUCAAAGCAAUCGAUUGGACAUUGACUAAAGGUGAUUCGGUCAUUCCUCGCAAAGGCAAGCAAACAGGUCUAAAGAUAUUCCAUCGAAAUCAUUUUUCAAGUCAAUUGAAACGAAUGUCUGUUAUUGCUGGUUAUAAUGACGUUACAUCAGGUGAAUCCAGUUACUUUGUAUCGAUUAAAGGAGCUCCAGAAAUUCUUAAACCAAUGUUUUCGAAAAUUCCUUCACAAUAUGAUAACGUAUAUCUGGAAAUGUCUCGUAAAGGUGCCCGUGUAUUAGCAUUGGGUAGAAAAAACUUGGGCAAUAUUUCGUCUGGACAAAUUAGGAAUUUAACUCGUGAAGAAGUAGAAACUGAACUCGAAUUUGUUGGCUUCUUAAUCAUUUCCUGUCCUCUAAAACCUGAUUCGAUAGCUGUUAUGAAAGAGAUUAUUGCUUCAUCACAUUAUGUUACCAUGAUUACCGGUGAUGCACCACUUACCGCUUGUCAUGUAGCUAAAGAGCUAUAUUUUGUUUCGGAUAAAAAACCAACAUUGAUUCUUCAUGGAACGGAAAAACCUGCAUGGAAAUCAAUAGAUGAAACGAUCCGUUUACCCCUUAUACCUGAUAAAGAGGAAUUUUUUCGAAAAUACGAAUUCUGUGUAACUGGUGAUAGUCUUAAUGCAUUAUUGGAUUAUGAUCCAAAAUUUUUUGUAAAAAUUUUGCCAAAAAUCCGUGUAUUCGCACGUGUCGCACCGAAACAAAAAGAAUUUAUCAUAACAUCAUUACGAUCAUUGGGUUAUACAACAUUGAUGUGUGGUGAUGGAACCAACGAUGUUGGUGCAUUGAAGCAUGCAAAUGUCGGCGUUGCCUUAUUAUCGAAUCCAUUACCCAUACCUAAAACGAAAACCGAAAAGCCACCCAACAACGCUCUAGCUAAUAAUAAUGGCGAUUAUCGUCGUUCAAUCAAUGAUGUAUUAGCCGAGCGGAAUACUAAUCGUAUGUCAAACAAUAGUCAUCAUAAACAACGACGACAUCAAGCUCAUAAUAAUAAUGCCAUGAAUCCUUCUUCAGUAAAUCCACGUAUGGUUAGGACACAAGAACGAAUCAAUCAAUUAUUGAAAGAAUUAGAAGAACAAGAUAAAGCUCAAAUUGUCAAGUUAGGCGAUGCGAGCAUUGCUGCACCAUUCACAUCGAAGCUAUCAUCCAUUCAAUGCAUUUCGCAUAUAAUUCGUCAAGGCCGUUGUACAUUAGUGACAACAUUACAAAUGUUUAAAAUUCUUGCUCUUAAUGCUCUAAUUUUAGCCUAUUGUCAAUCAGUUCUUUAUCUGGACGGAAUUAAAUUCAGUGACGGUCAAGCUACACUACAAGGACUAUUCUUGACUGGUUGUUUUCUAUUUAUCACUCGAUCAAAGCCAUUAUCAGUGCUAUCUAAACGCCGUCCAUUAUCCAACAUAUUCAACCUGUACACAAUAUUGACUGUGCUGCUUCAAUUCGCUGUUCAUUUUGUGGCCUUGGUUUAUCUAGUCCGUCAGGCAACAGCAAUGUCGCCACCACGGGUGGAAAAAUUUGCCGAUUUAGAUACAGAAUUCAAACCAUCUUUGUUGAAUUCGACUGUCUAUAUAAUUUCAAUUUCAUUGCAAGUUGCAACAUUUGCCGUCAAUUACAAGGGUCAUCCAUUCAUGUGCAGUUUGGCCGAAAAUCGUCCACUUUUGUACAGUAUUCUUGGCUCAUUCGGUUUGGUAAUUGUUCUUGUUACCGGUGUGAUGCCUGAAUUUUCUGAACAAUUUUCCGUUGUUGAAUUUCCACAGCCGUUUCAAACGACCAUACUAAUGGUAUUGGCUUCUGAUCUUAUUGGUGCAUUAUUUAUUGAUCGACUAUGUGAAUUGAUUUUGGAUCGGUCAUCGAUGAAAUCGAUUUAGGUUCUGGUUUAUAAUUAGAAUAUUUUUUCAAAUUUAUUUAAAUUGAAC